AUGAAAAUUAAAUCAAAUAAGACAAGUUAAAAAAACAAAAAAUCUGGUAAUGUCAUUUGUUCUGAUUUAUUGGAUAUCACAUAUAUAUGUCCAAGGAUUAUUGCAAUGUCAUUUCCAAGUGAUGGUAAUCCAGAUUAUAAGAAUAAAAUAGAUAAUGUAGAUUUAGUAAAUAAUUAUUAGGUUGCUUAAUAUUUUUAGUAACGACAUAAUAAUGAUUAUCAGAUUUAUAAUUUGAGUGGGAUGUAAUAUGAUCAUACAAAAUUCAAAGGAAAAAUUUACACUUUUGUAUUUUGAAGAGAUAUAUUAUUUUAGCCAUGGGAAGAAAAGUCUACACCUAAUUUAGGAUAUUUGUUUAUGUUAUGUAAACAUAUAGAUGAUUUUUUAUCUUGUAUUUAAUAAAUUUAUUCAAAGCAAAAUUAUCAAAUGUAGUUGCUGUGCAUUGUAUUAAUGGAAUAGGUAGAACAGGAACUGCAAUUUGUUGUUAUUUAUUAUAUAGUGGACGCUUUUCUAAUGCUGAAGAAGCAUUAUUUUAUUAUGAUAAAUAAAAACAUUUGUCAGGAGGUGGAAUUACUAUGCCUUCUUAAUUGAGAUAUGUUUAAUACUUUGAAAAGUUUUAAUUUAUCAAUUAAUCUUUAGAAUAUUAUUUUAAAGAAAUAUAUAUCCAACUAUUAAGUAUUUAACUUCUAUAGUUAUUCAUGGGAUACCUGAUAUUUAAGAUAAAUAAUGUAAACCAUUUUUAGAAAUUUAUACAUAUGAAAACUCUUAGAAGACUUUAAAAUACACUGAUAAAUUAGAGGUAAUACUAAUAUAAUCUGUAGUAUAAAGAUUAAAAGAAAGCCAAAGAUCUAAUGUUGAAAGAUAUUGAAUUAAUUAGAAUUAAUAUAGGAAAACCUUUUUUGGCUAUUGGAGACAUAAUGAUAAAAUUUAAUCAUAAUGGUAUUAUUAUAAAUGUAAUAAUGAGGCCAUUUUGAAGUAGAACCAAUGUUUCGAGUUUCUUUUAAUACAGCCUUUAUAGAAGACAAGUAAAAACUAAAUUCUAUAUUAAAAGUAAAUUGAGUUUCAGGAACGAAGAUUUAGAUCCUUCAAAAUUAUAAAAAGAUGAUAGAUUUCCUGUUGAUUUGAAUGUAGAAAUUUAAUUUAAAGAAUUCUGUUAAUGCACAAAUGAAAUAUAAUUUAAUUUAAGGUGUAAAAGUUGUUCAAACUUAUCUAAACAACUUUGUCCUGAUUGGGAUCUAAUUCAAAAUAUAUUAAAUGAUUAUACUAAACAUACUGUUGAAGAGUCUUAGAUAUUAUUAUUUGGUGAUGCUACAUUUGAUAAUCUCAAUGAUGUUAAAUAUUAAACAUGUAUUAUUAUUAUUAUCAUCCAUAUUAGUUAAAGGAGGACGAGCUAAAUCUAAUGUCAUCUAAGAUAUUGAUGAUGAUUUUUGA